GACGCAACUGCAGCUUUAGCAGGGGGGUUAAAAUCGCUCUAGACUGAGGCGCAAAAAAGCUUUUUGCACAUUUCUGUUCAUAAUUAGGCUAAAUGUCUUUUUCUGUUCAGGUAUAAUUUAUACACUAUAAAGAGCACUGUAAGCCAUGCCUGAACAUUUUUGUCGCUCACAUUUUGUUCCGAACAGGUGAUUUAUAGUAAAUAAAAGAAUGAAAACUGAUGUCUUUGAUCACGUGAGCGAAACUUCAAGCUGCUCCGAAGUCAGGAUUUGAGAAGCGCUCGAGAGUUGAAUGGCAAGUCUAACAUUAUCCGACGGCUGGUAAUUCCGAGCGACCAGCCCGAAGACUAUUGCAAAGUCUAAUUACAGCCUUAGCUGCCUGAUAUUGUACUUUUUGUAGCCUUCAUGGCACCACUGAACGCAAGAUCACAAAAGGCUUGAAAAAAUAUUUUUAAUCUUUUUUUAUUGCGCUAUUUGGAGCCUAAUGUCGGAACGAGAGUGCUAUGGAGACGGAGCGCCUGAAUUCCGCCCUGGGCGAUCAUCCCGGACAGGCAGGCGCAGUGGGGUCAUCCUUCCCUCACCGAGAGGCUCCAGCCCCGGCGGUCAUGACUCGGAGACCAGCCUUAUGGAGGCGGUUAAGGCCGGACCGCGGCGGAGUAGUAUCAUUAAGGACACGUCAGUCCCUAAGAUGGGCGGGGGGAGGAAGAAGACGGUGUCGUUCAGCAGCACGCCCACGGAGCGCAAGGUGAGCAGCGUGGCGGACUGCCUGGCCUUCAUGCAGUGCGGCUGCGAGCUGCGCAAGGUGCGGCCCAACGCGCGGGUCUACUGCCGCUUCUACACGCUGGACCUGGAGCAGGCCUGCCUGCGCUGGGAGCCUUCCAAGAAGGACAGCGAGCGGGCGCGGCUGGACCUCUCCGCCGUGCGCGAGGUGCGCGCGGGCAAGACCACCGAGACCUUCCGCAACCACGGCCCGGCCGACCAGCUGCCCGAGGAGGCGGCCUUCUCCGUCAUCCACGGCCCGGACUGCCGCUCGCUGGACCUGGUGGCGCUGUCGGCCGACGCCGCCAACAUCUGGGUGACGGGGCUGCGGCACCUGCUGACCCGCCCGCCCGAGGACGGCAGCCCCGGCAGCCGGAUGAGACGCGGCUGGCUGGCCCGCGAGUUCGCCCGGGUGGACGAGGACGGGCACGGCGUGGUGUCGGAGGACGUCGCCGUGGCGGCCGUCUGCAAGCUGUGCCCCGGCGUGAAGGAGGCCAAGGUGCGUCUGCGGUUUAAGGAGAUCCAGCACGCGAAGGAGAAGCUGACGUCCCACGUGACCCUGGAGGAGUUCCAGGAGGCGUACUGCGAGCUGUGCACCCGUCCGGACGUCUACUUCCUGCUGGUGCAGCUGUCCAAGGGCCGGGAGUGCCUGGACGCGCAGGACCUGCGGCUCUUCCUGGAGGUGGAGCAGUGGACGGGGCCGCGGGCGGAGCGCGGGGCGGGCCCCUCGGCGACGGACGCCAGCCUGGACAUCCUGCGGCGCUUCGAGCCGUCGGCCGGGGCCCGGGAGCAGGGCCUGCUGGGACUGGACGGCUUCGCCCGCUACCUGCAGGCGCCCGAGAGCCAGCUGAUGGCCCCCCGGCACCAGAGCGUGUGUCAGGACAUGACCCUGCCCCUCACCCGCUACUACAUCAGCACCGCCUCCCCCAGCUCCUACCUGCAGGGGGCGCUAGAGGGGCUGGCGCAGGCCCUCCGAGCCGGGAGCCGCUGCCUGGAGCUGGAGGUGAGGGAUGGGCCCGAGGGGGAGCCCUUGGUGCACGCCGCUAAACCGCCCGUUACCCUGCGCAGCGCCCUGGAGGCAGUGCGCGACCACGCCUUCCUGACCACACCCUUCCCCCUGCUGCUCCACCUGCGUCUGCGCUGUGGCGCCGCCCAGCAGCGCGUCGUGGCUCAGCACCUGCGGCAGGUGUUCGGAGACCGUCUCUACGCUCCGGAGGCCCUGGAGACGGGCCCGGGCGACGGCCUGCUGCCCUCCCCGCAGCAGCUGAGGGGCAGGGUGCUCCUGCUGGGGAAGAAACUGCCCCCGGGGCAGGAGGGGGAGGAGGGGGAGGUGACAGACGAGGAUGAGGAGGAGGAGGUGAGCGCGGGUGACGAAGAGGAGGGCGCGGUCGAGGGGGAGGAGGGAGAGGCCCCGCCCUCAGAGCCCCGCCGUCUCCGUCUGUGCCGGGAGCUCUCGGACCUGGUGGCGUUGGCGGACACUGGCCGCCGAGGUUUCUACGACAACCGGAAGGAUCAGGGCUCUCCCCCGACCGGCCCCGCCCCCUGGACGCUGUGCUCUCUGGGACAGGGCGAGGUGGGGCAGCUGGCCAGCGAGGCGGGCGAGGAGCUGGCCAGCUUCACGGGCCGGACGCUGACCCGGGUCCGGCCCGACUCCGCCAACCCCGACCCCCAGGCCUGCUGGACCGGCGGCUGCCAGCUGGUGCCGCUCAACCUGCAGGCCGCCGGGGCGUCCCUGGACCUGCACCGCGCCCGCUUCGCCCAGAACGGGGGCUGCGGCUUCGCCCUGCGCCCCCCGGCCGCCCCCUCCGCCGGCGCGACCCCGCAGGACCUGCGCGUGCGGGUGAUGGGGGCCCACGGCCUGCCCAAACCCCAGGGCUCGGGCACCAUCGGGGAGGUCAUCGACCCCUACGUGGUGCUGGAGCUGCACGGCGUGCCCGCGGACUGCGCCGAACACCGGACCCGCACCGCCGCCCAGAACCAGGAGGACCCGCUCUUCGACCAGACCUUCCACUUCCAGGUGAGCGUUCCGGAGCUGGCUCUGCUGCGCUUCGUGGUGCUGGAUGACGACUACAUCGGAGACGACUUCAUCGGGCAGUACAGCGUGGCGCUGGACUGCAUGCAGUACGGCUACCGCACCGUGCCACUGCUGAACCUGUCCGGCGAGCCCCUCCCCCAAGCCAGCCUAUUCGUCCACGUGACCGUCAGCACCCGGCAGGGCGGGGCCGGGGGCGGGGCUCAGAGGGGCCCGGGGCGGGGCCGCAUCCUCCGCCACAUCGGCAUCAGGACCCUGGACUACGCCCUGAGGCCGGCCGCCGCCCCGCUGAAGGAGGCCACUGACCUGCGGGAGGGCAUGAAGAAUGCUGUGGUAGGUUUCAAAGAGCAGUGUGGGCUCCCCCCUGUGGCCGAACUGAAGAAGUGCAUUCAGAGCCUGGCCUCCCGUCUGCAGAGUGGGGAUGGAGCCCCAGGGGCGAAUCUGGCCCUGAAAGAUGGCUACCCCCACCUGGAGUCUCUGGGAUACCUGCCCGAAUCCUCCUACAAGCUGCUCAGUGCAUAUGAGAAGGUGGUCACUGCGCUCAGACUGCUGAUUGAGAAUGCUGACGGUGUGCAGGAGCGGAUUGGCCAGGUGCACAGGCAUGGGGUGGAGCUACAGGAGGACCUGCCCAGACUGGGAGAGGAGGAGGGGCUCCAUGGCCGCAUACUGAACAAAGCAGUGGAGAGUUUCACGUGGAACCUCACUGUUCUCAAGGGACAGGGUGAUCUGCUGCGCAUUGCCAAGGUGAACGCUCUGGAAACCCUGAAGCAGCUGAGACAAGGCUGCGAGGCCUGUGGACUGACCUCUUCAGCCAAAUAACAAGAGCACAGAGAAACUAUCUGCGCCGGGUCUGUUCAACAUGAGAAAAGAGGUCAAAAAGGGGUCAAGGAUGGAAGGAAAUUGCUUAUAAAAAUGUUAUAAAAUAUAACAUUCUCACACAUUUGACUUAACAUUUGAGACAACUUGAGGUGUAAGAACAGUAUGAAUAUAUGAGCUGUUGCUGUACUGUGGGGAAAGCGGACACUCAAGAAUGUUCUAUAAAUGCAGUGCGUGGUGCUUCUUUUUUGUGCAUGAUCAGUGGGUCUGUCUGCUUUAAAAAAAAUAUUAUUACCUUUAUUAUUUAUUUAUAUAUUCCCAUCAUCAUAAAUGUUUUUUUAAUCAUUGGUUUCCUGUUUUGUUUACAUUGUGGCUUUUCAGGACUAGGGCAGAAUACUAAAUUACUGUUACUGUAUAUUGCUUUAUUUCUUGUAACAUUGCUUAAAUAUUUCUUAUUUUGUUUACGCUGUGGUCAUCAGGGCUACAGUAGGGUUGGAUAGCUUUUCAGGUACUGCAGCACUCCAGAACCAGGUCCAAUACCCCUGCAAACGUGUGGCCUUUCAGAACCAGGGUAGAAUAGGCAUGCUGACUCUAAGGUCCUCCUGAAAUGGUUCUGCAAUGAAUUUGCAUUGUUUUUUAGAAUGACUGUGUGGUUACACAACUUGAUUUUUAACCAGAAUAAUUUAAGGGUAAGAUCAUUGUAACCUAGAGCCACAUGAACCUGAACUGCCUUUGUCCAUGUGCAGCUGUAGGAAUAUACACUGAAAAACAAAAGCUGCUGUAUGUAACUCACUCUGAAUAAAGACAUCUGUUAACCAAAUUAAAAGUGAAAUACAUGUAAUAUUCAGUUAAUGAUUGAUACUUCUAAACUGUUGUGAAUCAUUACAGCCAAGUCGGCUUGACGUUUUGCUUUCUGGUGAAGGCCUACGUUAUUUCAGUUUUUGUGUAUAUGUGUAUAAACCAUUCCAUUGUAAAGCCAACAUCAGAAACUUCUGCAAGUAUGUAAAAUAUCAUAAUUGCCCAUAAAAACAAUUUACUGAGCUGA